AUGGGCACUUUAAGGUACCAUUUCAACGCCCUUCGCCACUCGCCUGCGGAAGCCACAACGCAUGACACUGGACAGCCCGCAAGGCACCCGCGCCUCGUGGGAGCGGGCUGGCCAACCGGAGCUGCAGCAUCUGGGACUUGGAAGGCAGCGGGCGGUCGCUGCAGGAGCAGGCAUGGUGUUGCGGAUUUUGAGACCAGAUUGCAGCCGGGGGCGGCCAACCAUCGAGCCGGUCAUGCGGGCGAGUGCGGCUUCAAGACACCCGAUUCGGGCCCCGAGAGGAUUGCAGCGAGGCGAGCUCUUGAUGGCGGCCUGGCCCACUUUCAAGGCGCCGACGCCUUCCCAGACAUGCACUUUCAGCACACUGUUGCUUUCCGAUGUCGCUUCUCAACCUUCAGUAUCAGCUCAGAUACAACCCCUGUGCUAUUUGGUUUGGCAGCUCAAUCUUCGGCGAUUUCGGCCAUUCAGAUCCUUCCGUAGCGCUGUGGUAUUAUACUUACAGGGUCGAGCAGCUAGACGAUUACAUGGAGCACAGCUGCUCU